CGUUGCCAUGACGACGGUGGCUGGGUCAACGCAGACUCGGUUGGAAACUCUCCCUGCACUUUAAGGACCGUGCACUAUCGAGAGGUCAUUCUCGGUGGCUCAUUUUCCUCAAAAUACACUGAAAUAGGAAUAACAGGGUUCUACAGCCCCUUUUCGUUCGAAUUCCUGAGCGGGCGCUGCGGUGCCCGAGAGUCUGCUUCGCCAGGCGCUGCUUCUAAGGCCUCGGCGCGCGCCCCUCAGCCGACUCCUGAGUGGAGCUGGAUGGCAAAUCCGCAGAAGACAUCCCAGCGAACCACCAGCCUGCAGGCAGCAGGCUCCGCUUCUUUGUGAAGUGUUUAUUUUGCUUCCUAUGUAGGCACCUUAAAGAGGCAGAGGGCUUUGUCUGAUCCUUGCGGAGUAUGACGCGAGGUUGCGAGAUCAGAACGUCUUGAGUCCGUAGUAAUAAGACUUCUGUAUUCUUGCAGAUCCAUGGGCAGUAAGAAGAAAGAAAUUGCCCUGCAGGUCAACAUCAGCACACAGGAACUUUGGGAAGAAAUGCUCAGUUCCAAAGGACUUACUGUUGUUGAUGUCUAUCAAGGCUGGUGUGGCCCCUGCAAACCCGUGGUGAGCCUGUUCCAGAAGAUGAGGAUCGAGGCUGGCCUGGAUCUUCUGCAUUUUGCAUUAGCAGAGGCAGAUUGUCUUGAUGUCCUUGAAAAAUAUCGAGGGAGAUGUGAGCCGACCUUUCUGUUUUAUGCAGGAGGAGAACUGGUGGCUGUGGUGAGAGGAGCAAAUGCUCCACUGCUGCAGAAAACCAUCCUGGAUCAGCUUGAGGCUGAAAAGAAGGUGUUAUCUGAAGGCAGAGAACGGAGAGUGAUUAAAGAUGAGGCUCUUUGUGAUGAAGAUGAAUGUUUUUCUCAGGAAAAAGACAACAGUGAAGAUGAGGACGUGGCUUCCUCAGAGAAGAGCUGUACCUUGGCAAUCAUUAAACCAGACGCAGUGGUCCAUGGAAAGGCUGAUGAGAUUAUCAUGAAGAUCCAGGAGGCUGGGUUUGACAUUUUAACAAAUGAAGAGAGAACCAUGACAGAGGCAGAAAUGCGACUUUUCUACCAACACAGAGCUGGCGAGGCCACGAGGCCAAAACUAAGGACGAGGACUGAGAUGACUGUGCUGCUCUCCUUAUGCAUGGGACCAGGGCCGUGUCCACGAGAUGUACUUGUGUCUGCUGCAUUUAAGGAAACCUCCAGAACUGCAACCAGCCCUUUUGAGAACCAGGAUUUUUCGAGCUUAGCUAUCUUUAAUGGAUAAUAAAAAUAACAGUAUAUGCUUUUCUGCCUUAUUAAACAGUAUAUAAAACAUAAUUUUUUUAACCAUCUCUGGGAUUUUACAAAAUAAAUGGACAUCAGUUAUCGUAUUCUGCUGUGAUAUGGU